AUGUCAGAAUUAGUGCCUCCGGUGCUGUCAACGGCGCAAGACGCCACAGCCUUUGAGUUCUCACAGGUGCAAAAAACAGACGGCGCUCGAAGCUAUCUGGGGCCCGUUGCCGAUAUAUCAGAAACGGGUCUGCGAAAGGUGCUGAGAGACUACUAUUCUGUGGACAAACUGGUGGACUUUCUGAGGCAGAAAGACGACCAGAACAAGCUCAAGUACAAGCGCAUUGCACUGCAGUUCCCAGACUCGCUGAUCGCAGACUCGUCGAUCGUGCUGCAGAUGAUCCAGGAGCAACUGGAGGAGGCACGUGACCAGGGUCACGCGACAAAACAGAGCCGCGACAUCGAGGCCGUGGAGCUGUGCAGCGGCAACUGCGGCAGGGAGUGCAAAAACUACCAGGAGGUGUGGAUUUUGGCGGACACGUCGUACUCGCCGUGCUGCAUCGACGAAGUGGCCGCCGAGCACGUUUCUGCCGACCUGGUGGUGCAUUUUGGCGACGCCUGUCUAAACCCAGUGGACAAGCUCAGCGCUGCGUACGUGUUCGGCAAGCCGUAUCUGGACACGGCGAAGGUGCUUGCGGCGUUCAGAGAGACGUAUUCGCCGGGCGACAAGGUGAUUUUAAUGGCCGACACGUCGCACACGUUCUAUUUGCACGAUCUGUACGAGGAACUGUCCAAUGAGUACCAAAUCGGCUAUGCAGAGCUGGAUUUGGAGCGGAGCCAGGCGGCGAUUAUUGAUCACGCGACGCGGAGCCACGAGGGCACGCCGCUGGCCUCUCGAAUCGUCCACUACGACGGGCCCCUCGCCGAGUGCGCUCUGUUCCAUAUCACGCAGCCUGAGGACCCGCGGCUGCUUUAUCUGAGCACGCAGUUCUCCAGCAUGGCCGUCUACGACGUCAACUCUGCCACGGUGAGUUCCGGCCCGUUCCCGUCGCUGAUGCAGCGGUACAGAGCAAUGCACAUGACCAGGAACGCGGGCACGGUGGGCAUUCUCAUCAACACGCUCUCGCUGGCCAACACGCGGACGCUGCUCAACAAGGUGGUCAAGUGGGUGCGGCAGGCGGGCAAGAAACACUAUAUGUUUGUUGUGGGCAAGCCGAACGUGGCGAAGCUGGCGAAUUUCGAGAGCGUGGACGUGUGGUGCAUUCUUGGGUGCGGCCAGUCGGGCAUUAUUCUGGACAAGUACGGCGAGUACUACAAGAACAUAGUGACGCCGUACGAGCUGCAGCUGGCGCUGAAGCAGGAGAUCACGUGGACCGGCCAGUGGAUCACGGAUUUCGAGGCGGUGAUGGAGCAGGAGAGCGAGCACGAGGACUCGGACCACGGCGAGGACGAGUAUGUGCCGGAGUUCAACCCUGUGACGGGUCAAUUGGCCGCGUCGAAGCCGCUGCGACAGAUCAGACACCUCGAGGUUGAGCUGGGCGCCCCAGAGACGAGCGGAUCAGACGGCCAGCUGGUGAAUCGGUUCUCCAACACGCUGAGCAUCAAAAACACGGUGAGCACGUCGGCGAGCUAUCUGCAAACGCGGGCCUGGACCGGGCUGGGCAGCGACUUUGGCGCCGAGGAGCUGGAAGGGGCUGUCGUGGAGGAGGGCAGGAUGGGAAUUGCGCGUGGAUACGAUUAUGAUAAGGAAAUAAAAAAUUAG